AUGCCUACCGUAGUGUAAUUGUAAUAUUUAUCAGCAAAGGCCCAACGUCGUAUUACACAACCACUUACCUAACGUAGGGUAACUGUAGGCCUCGUAAACAAAAGCCCAUUACAUAAUUAAGACUGUAGGCCCACUAUAAAUUACACAACUAUUUACCUACGGUAGUAUUGUAAGAAUCCUACACAAGGCCCAACGUUAAAGUUACAAUGUUGGCCCUUUGUGGGACAAGCUGUGUUGGGCCUUCAACCUGGUGCACGACUACCUACCGACCUACCUGACUUGCCGAUGGGUAAUUGUUGAAUUUGCCAACAGAAGCACAACGAAAAAAUUGCCCUUUUUUAUUUUUUUGCAGUUGGCCCUACAGCAAGCCAUACGGCCAAAUGUAACAAUUAACCAACCAUCAAACAAAUGAGUAUAGGCCCAACCACGGCCCAACCAAAACCACCACCGUUGAAUAAUUGUAUGAUUUAUUUAAAUAGGCCCAACGAAAAAAUUACUCUAAUGGCCCUCUGUUGGGAAUCUUCGGGAGGGCCUUUGUCGAGGGCCCUCCAGCAAAUCGUAGGGCCAAAUGUAACAAUUAACCAACCAUCAAACAAAUGUGUAUAGGCCCAACCACGGCCCAACCAAAACCACCACCGUUGAAUAAUUGUAUGAUUUAUUUAAAUAGGCCCAACGAAAAAAUUACUCUAAUGGCCCUCUGUUGGGAAUCUUCGGGAGGGCCUUUGUCGAGGGCCCUCCAGCAAAUCGUACGGCCAAAUAUAACGGUUGCCCAACUAAUACGUAAACAAAGGCCCAACAAAAUCCCUACAAGAAAAUGCUAUUAGGGUGAGUGACGAAGUUAUUCAGUAUAAAUAAUAAUCCGGUAGAGGAGAUUCGACGGUUCUUUCGGGAUAUUGAUGAACGAGAGGAAUAUCGAGAUUGCACUGCAGAUAAGCACGCAAAUUUAUAAAAUGUACUUAAUUUCGAACCUGGAAGUUUUUACCGGAGGCAGCUGGAAUGCAUACAAACAACAACUAGAGUGUUUCUUCAUUUUAAACGACAUUGAUGCAAGUAAGAAAGUACCGCUACUUAUCACAAAGCUUGGGGCGAGUGUCUACGAGCUUCUUACAAUUAUAUGCACUCCAGACUCACCAGUGACUCUCACAUAUGAGCAAAUUUGUGAAAAAUUAGAGAAACAUUACCAUCCUGUUAAAAAUUAUGCACUGGAACAAGCUGAAUUCAGAAAGAGAGACCAGAAAAAAGACGAAAAUUUAGACAAAUACAUACUUGAACUAAAGAAGUUGUCCAAAAAUUGUAAUUUUAAAAAUCUUAAUGAAGAGCUCAAAGAACGGCUUCUAAAUGGCACUUUGUAUGAAGCAGUGAAGUUCGAAUUGCUUAAACACGCAGACCUACCAUUGGAAAAAUGAUUGGAAAUUGGAAAAACUGUGGAGACCGCAUAUAAUUUAACCUACAAGAGUCAGAAAAAAGAGACCCAACCACAAAUGUUCAAGGUAGAAAGGGACGGAGGCUAUGGUCCGCGACAUGAGGAGACCAAAUUUAAACCACAGGCAAGAGAGAGCGCUGGAGUUUGUUUUUGUUGCGGAAAACAGGGGCACAUGAGAGCUGAAUGCACUUUGCGUGGGAAAUUCUGUAGCGAAUGUGGUAUGAAGGGUCACAUUUUCAAAAUGUGUAACCGAAAUAAAGGUAAUUGGAGGAUGAAAACCUUAAAUAUGGCUGAUGAGGUGACAACUUACAAUUCAACUGUUACUGUUACUCAGGAAAAGUGUGAGCAGAAAAAUAACACUCCGGGCCCGGAACUCUAUGAUAUGUUUUGUAUUAGUGAACAAGAGAGGAUCCCAUCAGCAAAGCUAAGUAUCCAAGUAAGUGGCAAUUCUUUGGAGUUUGAGGUUGAUACCGGACCAGAUGUAAGUAACAUUACCUUUUCUAUUAAGGAGCAAUAUUUUCCAAAUUUAGAAAUAAAGCAACCGAAUGUAAUUUCUACAAAAUUUGACCAAUCAACCUCAACACCAUUGAGUGCUUUGGAAGACUUAAGUUUGCCGUAUGAAACUGUUAAUGUAGAAAAACCAAUAUUUUAUAUUGUCAAGGAUGGAUUACCUAGAAUUAUUGGAAAAAAAUGGCUCUCUGUACUUAAACUUUGUCUUUACUAUAUUAUAUUGUGUAACAUCAUUCAAUUCUGUAGAGAUGGAUGGCCUGAGAGCAAUAAUUUAGGAAUAGAAUAUGAUUAUUUUUCUAGAAAUAACGAAAUUACCAUGGACCAGGGGUGUGUGUUGUGGGGUUAUCGAGUUAUUAUACCUUGUUCGCUAACUGAUGAAAUAAUGUUAGAGCUGCAUGCCUCCCAUCUGGGUAUAACUAGAAUAAAGGAGAUAGCGCGCUCCUACUUUUGGUGGUUAGAUUUCGAUAAGGAUAUUAAUGAGAUAUCUAAAAAUUGUAAGGUUUGUCUACAAUGUAAUAUACAAUGUAUAAUGUUUGGCAGGGAGCUGAGGUGCCGUUUCUCACUGCUUAGGCCUCACCCAGUAGCUGGCUUAAUUGAUAAAAGAUACUUACAACAGGCAUUGAAAAAUAAUAAUGAUAGUGAAAUAUUUCUGUCCGGGGAGAAGGGGGAGAGGUUAUGGGUUUAAGGUUAUUACACAUGUUAUUGUUCCUAUUGUAACUGAGGUCGAAGUGGAGGGGCAAAGUUGCAAACGGCAUACUAAUCAGCUACUAAAAUGUAGUCAGCGUUUAGAAUAGAUUUUUACUAAGUGGGGAAGAGUGUGGCAACAAUAAAUACUUCUUGUUUAGAUAAAGCUAUAGCUAGUCUAUGGCCAUUGGGACAGUGCUGUCAGUGUUUGAGUUGUCAGUUUAUGUUUUGUGAA